AUGAGGUUCCUAACGAUCAUUGCAAUUAUAUGUGCUCUGGCAGUCCGCGUUCUUUGCGAAGGCCAAGCAACGACAUCAUCUGGAUAUUAUUGGGAUCCGAAUUCUUCCUUUUCAACUACUUCGUAUCCUUACUGGGCGGAUACUACUACACCUGUACCCAACACUUUGUCACCGCCAUGUGAUGAACAGAUCCAAGGACCUUGUGGCAAGCUUCCCAAGGGUGCCCAGAAGAUGUACUUCUUCUAUUGAAAUCGCUCAAAAUUUGUCACCCCACCUUGAAUAAAUGAUUUGGAAAAACUAA